AUGUUUCGUUUUGAUCCGACAUUCCUGAAACUCCAGAAAUUGAUCAGAAUGGGAGAAGCUGGUCAAUCCAGAGAGGCAGAAUCUACCACGCCUCUAGUUGGCGGUGGAGCUGGGGACAAUGUGGCUGCACCACAACUGUUUCAGUCUUUACCAGCUCUUAAUGAAGCUACUUCUUAUAUAAACCAAGCCACUUCUUACUUGGGGAGCUGUUUUUCUGACUAUUCAGUCGAAUAUGGUGGUAAGGAUUCAUUUGAUUCAAUUUCCCACCCGCAUGAGUUGUUACGAUCAAAGUCAGGAGUUGACGGAGAUUCCCCAGUAAGUGUGUGCGUUUCUCCUGGUGGAAGGUGCUCAACUUCUUCAGAGGCAUCUACCUCUACAUUAAACAGCCCAUCAAAGGAAUCUACAGAGACUCUGUCUCAGGCAACAAAUGCAAUCGUGACAACGAAUCGGUUAGAUUUCAAUGGGAUUUCCAUGUUUCAAGGGCUCCUUGAGAGGGCACGGAGGACUGUACGUGGCUCAGCAGAUGACAUAGGAUGGUUACAGAGAGACCCGGAGAUGCCUCCUGUUGAAGAUGGAACUGAUAGGUUCAAUAGUAUCUUGGAAGAGAUUGGGCAUGGUGUACACAGGCUUCCAAAUACAUUGGUGUACUUAUUGGUUCCAGGUCUUUUCAGCAAUCAUGGACCUCUAUAUUUCGUUGAUACGAAAACUAAAUUCUCAAAGAUGGGUUUAGCGUGUCAUAUUGCGAAGAUUCACAGCGAGUCUUCGGUUGAGAAAAAUGCGAGAGAGAUAAAGGAAUACAUAGAGGAACUCUGUUGGGGAUCUAAUAAAAAGGUUCUGCUUCUUGGGCAUAGCAAAGGAGGUAUAGAUGCAGCUGCUGCUCUAUCUCUCUACUGGCCUGAGCUUAAAGAUAAGGUCGCUGGGUUAGUAUUGGCACAGAGUCCAUACGGUGGAAGCCCAAUAGCUACAGAUAUCCUCCGUGAAGGACAACUCGGUGACUACGUCAAUCUGAGAAAGCUCAUGGAGAUUAUGAUAUCCAAAGUUAUAAAGGGUGAUAUUCAAGCGUUGGAAGAUUUAACAUACGAGAGAAGGAAAGAGUUCUUGAAGAAUCAUCCGCUGCCUAAAGAACUCCCCACGGUUUCAUUCCGGACAGAAGCUAGCAUUAGCCCAGCGGUUCUAGCCACUCUAUCACACGUCGCGCACGCCGAGCUUCCUCUCACGAACCAGGCCGCGAAACUUCCGGUGGUGAUGCCACUCGGUGCCGCAAUGGCUGCUUGCGCUCAGCUGCUUCAAGUGAGAUACGGCGAGAAGAGUGACGGGCUCGUGACUUGCUGCGACGCAGAGGUUCCUGGCUCCGUGGUGGUGAGACCAAAGCGGAAGCUAGACCAUGCGUGGAUGGUUUACUCUUCCUUGAACGAGGUUCCUUUGGAAGCUGACGCUGCUCAAGUUUGUGAAGCUCUCUUGACGUUGCUUGUCCAAGUCGAGGAAGAGAAGCAACGUAAACUCGAUUGA